UUGCUCUCCUCAUGCUCAGGAGGAAUAGAAACUCCACCCAAACUUUCAUUCUGCUUCUGCCUGAAAAUCUAAGUGGGUGCACAGUCAUCAAUACAGCCAAGGACUGAAGAUAUUCAAUCAGGAAAAAUUCUCUGUGUUCAAUGGUCCUGGAUAAAAUGGGAGAUUUGAGUCUGGAACAGACACUGGACCGAGCUGAGUUACGUGAAUUAAAAGGUAUUCCCUUGACAACAGCAACAUACAGCAUAUGGGACCAAGUGUGGAAGUUCAAAGCCAGACCUGACGAUCUGCUCAUCUCAACCUAUGCAAAAGCAGGUACCACAUGGACACAAGAAAUAGUGGAUAUGAUUCAACAAAAUGGAGAUGUCGAGAAGUGUAGACGUGCCACUACUUACAGACGCCAUCCUUUCCUUGAGUGGUACAUCCCAGAGCCUUCAUCUUUGCGUUACUCAGGCUUGGAGUUAGCUGAAGCUAUGCCUUCUCCACGAACAAUGAAAACUCACCUCCCUGUGCAGCUGGUGCCUCCCUCCUUCUGGGAACAAAACUGUAAGAUAAUCUAUGUGGCAAGAAAUCCGAAAGACAGCCUGGUGUCAUACUACCAUUUCCACAGAAUGAAUAAAGCAAUGCCUGAGCCAGGAACCUGGGAGGAGUUCAUGGAGAAAUUCAUGGCAGGAAAAGUGCUCUGGGGUUCCUGGUAUGACCAUGUAAAGGGAUGGUGGAAGGCAAAAGAUAAGCACCGGAUCCUCUACCUCUUCUAUGAAGAUAUGAAGGAGAAUCCAAAGCAAGAAAUUCAGAAGAUUCUGAAGUUCCUGGAGAAGGACUUGACCGAGGAUGUUCUAAACAAGAUACUCCACAAUACCUCAUUUGAGGUAAUGAAAGAAAAUCCCAUGGCAAACUACACUAAGGACUUUCCAGGAGUAAUGGAUCACUCUCUUUUCCCAUUCAUGAGAAAAGGGGUUGUCAGUGACUGGAAGAAUUACUUCACUGUGGCACAAAAUAAGAAAUUUGAUGAAGAUUAUAAGAAGAAAAUGGCUGAUACCUCUCUUGUUUUUCGCACAGAAUUGUGAUUAGCAAUGGGAAUUAUUCUCUACGAUCUUCAGCAUUUUCCAUUUUAUGUAUUUUGCUUUUCCUUCACACAACGCCUGUGUUUCUAAGAUUUCAAUAUCUCUCUUUCAAACACCACUGAUUUUUUGUUGCCAUGAGAGUACACAAAUUAUGCGGAGUUUAGGUUGGUCUCCCUGAACUGGAUACUUCUCGUUCAUCCUUCCCACAGUAAUUUUCAGCAUUAACAGAAAUAUUUCAGACAUGCUUUGGCUUUUUGUCUUUGUAAAAGUGCAGUUGAUAUUGCUGGUGUGUUCAAAUAAACCUCUAACAGAAAUUAGAAACCAACUGGAAAAAAGCUCUCAAGAUAAUGCAGUGGGUGUAUGCAUAGUAUGUUAUUCAUAUGUCGUAUAUACAUUAAUCAAUAUAUAACAAUAAACAAAUUUAAAAGUGAUCAAGUAUAAAUAGA